AUGGGCUUUUGCUGUAAACAAAUGCAAGCAACCGACGUGCAUGCCUGUACCUUUUUAGAAACGAGUAUUGCAAGGAAUCGCACUAGGGAAGCCACGGAAUAUUCCUUUUUUGAGUGUAUACAAAACGCGCCAGUCCCUGUUGAUGAUCUAUGCACAUAUUGGCUAUUACCAGCCCCCAAAACUGCAACUAUCAGUAAGGCGAUUUGGAAGACGGAUGCUCGCUCCAUAGGCGCUUUGAAACCGGACCUUGUACAAAAGGGCUCCUCCUGCGUCCAACCGCUAGUGCGGGCUAUAAAGGCACUUGCAAGAGGACGAACGGGGGCCCUUUCCGCUUUAAAGACAUAUUUUAGAAUGCCUCCGGCGCCUAAUGAGCAGAGUGCUGCAUUCCUUAAGGACGGCCUAAGCCAGCUGCAGAAGAUUCCUUCUGAUGGCCGUCUGUGUUGCGUGUCUCUCUCGUUGUCUAGCCGUGGUCUCUCCCAGCUGCUGUUAGUGUGCGACUUUAGCAAGUUACUCUGCCUCGACGUCUCGAACAACAAGCUGGAGUGUCUUUAUCCUGUGAGGCUUGCCGCAAACCUUGUGCACCUCAACGCCAGAAAUAACCUACUCAAGAGUGCAGCAGAACUCUCCGCCAACACAAAACUCCAGACUGCAGACCUCCGGAAUAAUCACAUCGAAGAAUUAGGUGACUGGCAGUUCAACGGCCGUCUGCGGGUUUUGCUGCUUGGAGGCAACCGGCUGGCAUCACUGGCUACCGGCAAUUUGAGCAGCAACAGUUUGUUGCGGGAGCUGGACAUAGGAGGCAACAACAUAUCCUCGCUCGAGCCCCUACCUUACUUGAAGUGUCUAGACACCUUAAAUGCCAGCAACAACCUACUCACAAAUCUCCAAGGCAUCCAAGGAGCGCCCAAUGUAGUAGUGCUGCACGCCGAGCUGGCCGCGGCAGAGGCUUUUGGCGACUUGCUUUAUGCCCGGCGGAGGGUUUGGGAGUCUUUAAUUCCCGAGGAGCCCUUUGUCGAUCGUCGCCUUGUAAAACUGGUGGGAGCAGGGGAGGCAAUAUCUCCAGCAACAAAGCACUAG